CCCGCUCCGGGUAGCUGUGGGUGCCGGGUUGGGGAGGACGCCGAAGUCCUUUCUGCCUGUGCAGCCACCCCUCCGCGUUCCGCAACCAUGGCUGUGCUGGCGGCACUUCUGCUCAGCGGCGCCCGCAGCCGCAGCCCCCUGCUCCGGAGGCUGGUGAAGGAAAUAAGAUAUGUGGGACGGAGUUACGUAUCAAAACCCACUUUGAAGGAAGUGGUCAUAGUAAGUGCUACAAGAACACCCAUUGGAUCUUUUUUAGGCAGCCUUUCCUUGCUGCCAGCCACUAAGCUUGGUUCCAUUGCAAUUCAGGGAGCCAUUGAAAAGGCAGGGAUUCCAAAAGAAGAAGUGAAAGAAGCAUACAUGGGUAAUGUUCUACAAGGAGGUGAAGGACAAGCCCCUACAAGGCAGGCAGUAUUGGGUGCAGGCUUACCUAUUUCUACUCCAUGCACCACCAUAAACAAAGUUUGUGCUUCAGGAAUGAAAGCCAUCAUGAUGGCCUCUCAAAGUCUUAUGUGUGGACAUCAGGAUGUGAUGGUGGCAGGUGGGAUGGAGAGCAUGUCCAAUGUUCCAUAUGUAAUGAACAGAGGAUCAACACCAUACGGUGGGGUAAAGCUUGAAGAUUUGAUCGUUAAAGACGGGCUAACUGAUGUCUACAAUAAAAUUCAUAUGGGCAGCUGUGCUGAGAAUACAGCAAAGAAGCUGAAUAUUGCACGAGAUGAACAGGACGCUUAUGCUAUUAAUUCUUAUACCAGAAGUAAAGCAGCAUGGGAAGCUGGGAAAUUUGGAAAUGAAGUUAUUCCUGUCACAGUUACAGUAAAAGGUCAACCAGAUGUAGUGGUGAAAGAAGAUGAAGAAUAUAAACGUGUUGAUUUUAGCAAAGUUCCAAAGCUGAAGACAGUUUUCCAGAAAGAAAAUGGUACAGUAACAGCUGCCAAUGCCAGUACACUGAACGAUGGAGCAGCUGCUCUGGUUCUGAUGACGGCAGAUGCAGCCAAGAGGCUCAAUGUUACACCACUGGCAAGAAUAGUAGCAUUUGCUGACGCUGCUGUAGAACCUAUUGAUUUUCCAAUUGCUCCUGUAUAUGCUGUAUCUAUGGUUCUUAAAGAUGUGGGAUUAAAAAAAGAAGAUAUUGCAAUGUGGGAAGUAAAUGAAGCCUUUAGUCUGGUUGUACUAGCAAACAUUAAAAUGUUGGAGAUUGAUCCCCAAAAAGUGAAUAUCAAUGGAGGAGCUGUUUCUCUGGGGCAUCCAAUUGGAAUGUCUGGAGCCAGGAUUGUUGGUCAUUUGACUCAUGCCUUGAAGCAAGGAGAAUACGGUCUUGCCAGUAUUUGCAAUGGAGGAGGAGGUGCUUCUGCCAUGCUAAUUCAGAAGCUGUAGACAACCUGCUAUUUAAGGAGACAACCCUAUGUGACCAGAAGGCCUGCUGUAAUCAGUGUGACUACUGUGGGUUAGCUUAUAUUCAGAUAAGCUGUUUCAUUUAUAUUAUUUUCUAUGUUAACUUUUAAAAAUCAAAAUAAAAUCCCAAAACCUUUUGAAAUUAAAUUUUUUCUUCUGCUUUUUUUUGGUAAC